AUGAAACCUCUUCCUCAGCAUCACCUACUGGCUAUGACAAAUAGUUCGGAAGAGGUAACAUUUGAAGAGUUAGAAGCUACAGAUGUAAUCAGUGUAGAACUUGUCCCGGAACGCAAGGGGUUGAUAUUGAAACAUUGUGAAUAUUAUGUGAGUUCAAGAAGACAUGGAACUACUGUCACAAGGAGAUACAAUGAAUUUGUUCAACUAUGUGAUGUGUUUUUUGCCAAAUAUCCAUACAGAGCUGUAUGCCGUUUGCCGCCUAAACGGGUCGUAGUUGGCGGCGGUAGUCCAGUGUUUCUUCAGCGACGUCGUGCAGCGCUACAGCGCUGGUUGACUCUAGUCGCUAGACACCCAGUACUAGCGCAUGACGCGGAUUUGCGAACCUUUCUUUGUGAAUCUUCUGCGCGUUUGGAAAAGCCGAAACACGAUGAAUUUGUCUUGGCCGGCACACAGGAUGAUUCUCCCAGACAAAUGUCGAUGGACGAAAUGCAGGCAGCAUUUGUAUCAGAGCAGGAGCAGCUACGGUUGGUGCAACUAGGUCUAAGCAGAUUAUUUAAAAUAUUUGAAAGAGUGGAGGCUCGGUGUGAAGCCGAACGUGCAGAUAUCCGGGAGUUGGGAGCUGGCCUCAGUGCUCUCAGCACCUCCUCGCCAGCUGACUCCUCACGUUGGCUUGCGGUCAGACAGUCUAUGAAGUCUGCAGCUGAAUUGGCUACAGCGAUGGGCGAAUCGUCAGAAGAAGAAGUGGACUAUGAAGAUGGCGCCGGUGGCAAAGUUCUUCUGGCAUUGGAUGCGUUGGGAGCCUAUAGGGAGUUGUGCGGUCGGCUAACGCGUGGGCUGCACGGGGAGCGGGCAGCUGCGGCGGCCGCAGCGCCGCACUCGGCUGCCGCGCAGCUGCUACGUCGCCGCCACGUCUACGCACUCGCCUGCUCCAUCGAGGUAGGUGCACGCUCUCCGUCCCCGUCUCUCGCAUGUCCCGUCCCGUUCGCACAGCUGCUGUGUCGUCGCCACGUCGACGCACUCGCCUGCUCCAUCGAGGUAGGUGCACGCUCUCCGUCCCCGUCUCUCGCAUGUCCCGUCCCGUUCGCACAGCUGCUGUGUCGCCGCCACGUCUACGCACUCGCCUGCUCCAUCGAGGUAGGUGCACGCUCUCCGUCCCCGUCUCUCGCAUGUCCCGUCCCGUUCGCACAGCUACUGUGUCGCCGCCACGUCGACGCACUCGCCUGCUCCAUCGAGGUAGGUGCACGCUCUCCGUCCCCGUCUCUCGCAUGUCCCAUCCCGUUCGUACAGCUGCUGUCUCGCCGCCACGUCUACGCACUCGCCUGCUCCAUCGAGGUAGGUGCACGCUCUCCGUCCCCGUCUCUCGCAUGUCCCGUCCCGUUCGCACAGCUGCUGUGUCGCCGCCACGUCUACGCACUCGCCUGCUCCAUCGAGGUAGGUGCACGCUCUCCGUCCCCGUCUCUCGCAUGUCCCAUCCCGUUCGUACAGCUGCUGUGUCGCCGCCACGUCUACGCACUCGCCUGCUCCAUCGAGGUAGGUGCACGCUCUCCGUUCCCGUCUCUCGCAUGUCCCGUCCCGUUCGCACAGCUGCUGUGUCGCCGCCACGUCUACGCACUCGCCUGCUCCAUCGAGGUAGGUGCACGCUCUCCGUCCCCGUCUCUCGCAUGUCCCGUCCCGUUCGCACAGCUGCUGUGUCGCCGCCACGUCUACGCACUCGCCUGCUCCAUCGAGGUAGGUGCACGCUCUCCGUCCCCAUCUCUCGCAUGUCCCGUCCCGUUCGCACAGCUGCUGUGUCGCCGCCACGUCUACGCACUCGCCUGCUCCAUCGAGGUAGGUGCACGCUCUCCGUCUCCAUCUCUCGCAUGUCCCGUCCCGUUCGCACAGCUGCUGUGUCGCCGCCACGUCUACGCACUCGCCUGCUCCAUCGAGGUAGGUGCACGCUCUCCGUCCCCGUCUCUCGCAUGUCCCGUUCCGUUCGCACAGCUGCUGUGUUGCCGCCACGUCUACGCACUCGCCUGCUCCAUCGAGGUGGGUGCACGCUCUCCGUCCCCAUCUCUCGCAUGUCCCGUCCCGUUCGCACAGCUGCUGUGUCGCCGCCACGUCUACGCACUCGCCUGCUCCAUCGAGGUAGGUGCACGCUCUCCGUCCCCAUAUCUCGCAUGUCCCGUCCCGUUCGCACAGCUGCUGUGUCGCCGCCACGUCUACGCACUCGCCUGCUCCAUCGAGGUAGGUGCACGCUCUCCGUCCCCGUCUCUCGCAUGUCCCGUCCCGUUCGCACAGCUGCUGUGUCGCCGCCACGUCUACGCACUCGCCUGCUCUAUCGAGGUAGGUGCACGCUCUCCGUUCCCGUCUCUCGCAUGUCCCGUCCCGUUCGCACAGCUGCUGUGUCGCCGCCACGUCUACGCACUCGCCUGCUCCAUCGAGGUAGGUGCACGCUCUCCGUCCCCGUAUCUCGCAUGUCCCGUCCCGUUCGCACAGCUGCUGUGUCGCCGCCACGUCUACGCACUCGCCUGCUCCAUCGAGGUAGGUGCACGCUCUCCGUCCCCGUCUCUCGCAUGUCCCGUCCCCUCUCACGCAUGUCCCGUCCCGUUCACACAGCUGCUAUGUCGCCGCCACGUCUAUGCACUAGCCUGCUCCAUCGAGGUAGGUGCACGCUCUCCGUCCCCAUCUCUCGCAUGUCCCGUCCCGUUCGUACAGCUGCUGUGUCGCCGCCACGUCUACGCACUCGCCUGCUCCAUCGAGGUAGGUGCACGCUCUCCGUCCCCGUCUCUCGCAUGUCCCGUCCCGUUCGCACAGCUGCUGUGUCGCCGCCACGUCUACGCACUCGCCUGCUCCAUCGAGGUAGGUGCACGCUCUCCGUCCCCGUCUCUCGCAUGUCCCGUCCCGUUCGCACAGCUGCUGUGUCGCCGCCACGUCUACGCACUCGCCUGCUCCAUCGAGGUAGGUGCACGCUCUCCGUCCCCGUCUCUCGCAUGUCCUGUCCCGUUCGCACAGCUGCUGUGUCGCCGCCAUGUCUACGCACUCGCCUGCUCCAUCGAGGUAGGUGCACGCUCUCCGUCCCCGUCUCUCGCAUGUCCCGUCCCGUUCGCACAGCUGCUGUGUCGCCGCCACGUCUACGCACUCGCCUGCUCCAUCGAGGUAGGUGCACGCUCUCCGUCCCCGUCUCUCGCAUGUCCUGUCCCGUUCGCACAGCUGCUGUGUCGCCGCCAGGUCUACGCACUCGCCUGCUCCAUCGAGGAAAGCCGCGUGGCGCGGGCGUACUCGCUGGCGGCUUUGCAGUCGCUGCACGCGCUGCUGCGCACGCUGGGCGCCGCGCACGCGCGCACCGCCGCGCUCUGGGCCGACCUGCACGCUGCUUUGCGGGGCUAG